AUGGCUAGUAAAAGGUCGCACGUCUUCCGGGUGACCGGCCUGUCUAGGAAACUACUCGAUGAAGAACUCAAGACCGCAUUACACGAGGCGCUCAACGAAUACUUCGCGGACGACGAAAGAUCGCAUAUCAAAGCUGAGAUCACGAUCGUGCCUUCAUGCUAUGAAAGUGACACACAGAGGGUGGCGCUGGUGCAGUUCCGCGGUGGGGUGCCUCAGUUUCUCGCUGAGCUGAGAGUCAACCCGCUCGGAGACUGGCAGAUCGAGAUGGGAGAUGAUGACAUCAGCUUUGACUGCCACUUCUUUGGAUUUACCCAGCUCUACGCGCCAGACGAAAAUAAGCCAGUGAUUGCCGAUAUCAUUGCCAUUGCCGGACUGGAUGGACACGCGUAUGGAUCAUGGCAAGGAAGAGGAAAUCUCGGUCGGAUGUGGCUCCGGGACUUUCUGUCAAAAGAUCUUCCGCAGUGCCGCACUAUGAUCUACGGGUACAAUUCCAAGCUGUCGAGCCCCGGAGUCAGUACGAUUCUCGACUACGGGCGGGAGCUGAUGGAGGAGAUCAAGAAAGUCCGGACCACGAAGCAGAGACCUCUAAUUUUCAUUGCACACAGUUUUGGGGGUAUCAUCCUGGCUCAUUGCCUGGUGAGGGCCAUCCAAACACUAGAAGAAGACCACCCAGCGAUCACAUCGCUGCAUCGAGCCACAUACGGCAUAAUCCUCUUCGCUAUCCCACAUAAAGGGCUAGUGAUGGACGAUAUCCAGCAAAUGUUGGGCGGCGAUGGACACCAUCCGCGAGAGACACUCCUACGCCAGAUUUCCAGCCAAUCGGAUGUCUUGAUUCAUCAACUGGCCGACUUUAAGAACCUGAUCCGAGACCGUAAGGUGGUCAGCUUCUAUGAGACAAAGCAGACGAAGCAGUUGGUCUUGGAUUCGGAAAGCGGACGGUGGAAACGCACCGGGGAUUUCAUGACGACGGUUGGCGCAGACUCGGCUCUUCUCCAGCUUCCCGACCAUGUCGAGGACAAGGUGCCGCUGGACGCAGACCACUCAAUGGUGGUCAAAUUCGACACGCGCAACGCGGCCGGAUAUCGAACGGUGCUCGAUAAGCUACGGCAGUUCUCAAAAGAGGCGCCAUCGGUGGUGGCAGCUCGGUUCACGCAGAUGCGCCAAAAGCCCCAGCCGUGCUCCACAGUACCUUUUAAGAAAGACCCGAUGUUUGUGGGCCGUGAGGCUGUCAUCAGCGCCAUCAAGGAAAGACACAGGACAAUCGGUCAGCGACAUGAGCGGGUGGCAUUGGUGGGCUUGGCCGGCGUUGGGAAAACCCAGACAGCUAUCGAGUAUUCCUAUCGCGUGCGAGAACUCGCACCAGACGCGUGGGUGUUUUGGAUCCACGCCAGCAAUGCGGCGCGGUUGGAAGAGAGCUACCAGCAUUUUGCCGCUGUUGCAGAGAUUCCAGGACGGGAUGACCCGAAGAUGAACAUCCUCCAGCUCGUGUAUCAGUGGUUGUGUGAUGCACGCAAUGGGUGCUGGCUGAUGGUGUUAGACAAUGCGGAUGACGAUGGUAUCUUUUUCCGUGAAAAUAUAUCCGAUGAACGAGGGCCACUGGGGAGGCUGCCCACGGGUCGAUCUUGA